AUGGAAGAUGCAGAAGACACAGUGGCGGUCGUAGCGGGGCGAUACUUCUGCGCUCCGUAUCCCAUCGAAUUAACUCUGGAGAAAAUAGGGAAAGAUUUCAUCAUCGCAGAUUCCAAUGGAAAUAUCGUCCUCACGAUGGUUGCUCUCCAUGACAGGUGCCUUCUCGAAGACGCCAAGGGAAAUGUACUCCUAACCAUGAUAAAAAAGCUUAAAAUGGCACUUGACGUGUUCCUGCUGAGUAAUUUGGAUGAAAAGCACUGCGAUUUCCGUGUGAGGGGCAGCUAUUUACAGCGCGACUGUACAAUUUAUCGAGGAGAUCGUGUUGUUGCAGAGAUGAAGCGGAAGUAUACGAGGACGAAUGUAUUGUUGGAGAAGGAUACUUUCGUGGUGGUGGUGGAGCCCGGAAUAGACUGUGCCUUCAUUGUUUCUCUUGUGGUUAUUCUGGACCAAAUCACCAGAGAUUAUCAGAAUUGA